CUGACGACGCGGUCCUUCGUCCCUCAUCGAUCCCUAGCUAAUCCCUAUAUAAAGCAAAGCAGCCUCGCGUCCCGAAGGAAGACGCAGCUUGAAACCACACCAAAACCCCAUCGCUCGAGCUAGCGGCGACGAGCGCCACAUACACAGUAUAUGGCUUCAACGACGGCCACGUACCUCGGCUUCGUGCUCCUGACCGGAAACUCCGUCCUAGCGAUCUACAGGUCCCGGGGCGACGCCGCGGCGGUGCUCUUCGUCCUCGCGUCCUACCUGAGCCUCGUCCUGCUCUUCUGCUGCCUCCGCCGGUUCGAGGCGUCGGCCCCGGGCUCCGCGGCCAGGGACAGGGCUAGGGUUGGCGUCUGGCUCGCCACCACGGUGCUCACGGCGCUGUUCUCCUGGCGGGUCGCCGCUGUCAUGCCGUGGCCGGUGGCCGCUGGGGUCUGGUUCAUGGGCGGCUGCACGGUAGCGGGAGGGUACUACGCACUGUUCCUUCUUCCGAGGGGAGAGGGAGAUUAUUGAGCAAUGAGCAUCAAGGAACCACGCUACUCCAAGGAAUAUUAAUUUGUCAACAGAUCUCUCCGCACGAGCUGUUUCAUUUCGCCCGCUGCAUGUGUAAAUUUACUCCAAAUUUCAUAUAGGUUGUCGUACAGUGUAAAUAUGUUAGAUUUUCUUUGAGAUUUUUACUGAUAUACAGCGCAUCAUGCGCAUAGCAACAUAAGUGUUGUGUACUAACAUAUUUAUAUAUUGAACAUAUAAAGAAUUUGCA